CUUCAUGGUAUACUAGCCCUAUCAUUCUAGAAAGAAUGUAGGAAAAUUUAUUCUUUUAUUACGGUUUAAAAAUAUGGACUGCAAACACACAGCGGACCACAAGAUGGCAGAUUUUCCUCGGUUUCCUUGCUCACAUUUAAUGGUCUGAUGCUUACAACUCCAAUAACGUUGCUCAUUCAGCUGCGGAAUUUGCGCACCGCACACACACCACUUAGGUUAGGAUGAUUGCGCAUGCGUACUAAAAGAGAAAGGUUGUCUGGCCAUUUUGCCAUCAUGGCAGGAUCAAAUUCGGAAGGUGGGUCGGUCGAAACCGAUCCAUCAGGAUUCCCUCCUCCCAUGGAAGGGCUGCAGUUGAUCCAGCAGGGAGCCGAAGCCCGCCUGUAUCGGGGCCAAUUCUUAGGCAGGCCGACCGUGAUGAAACUCCGGUUCCCGAAACGUUACCGGCACCCAACGAUGGAUGAGAGGCUCAGCCACAAGCGAACGGCACAGGAGGCCCGUUCGUUGCUACGCUGUCGACGGGCAGGGAUUUCUGCACCUGUUGUGUACUUUGUGGACUAUGUUGUCAUUAUAUAUCUUGAAGACAUUGUAAGAUCAACUACUGUUCGGGACUAUAUAAUCUCCCAGCAGCAAUCUGGUGAAGGUAUCAGCAAUCUUAUUCAAUUAGCUGAAAAGAUAGGAGAGAUAUUGGCACGAAUGCAUGAUGAAGACCUCAUACAUGGGGAUCUCACAACUUCUAACAUGCUUUUGCAACCACCAGCGGAGAAGCUAGAGUUGACAUUAAUAGAUUUUGGACUAAGUUUUAUUUCUGGCCUUCCUGAGGAUAAGGGUGUUGAUUUAUAUGUCUUAGAGAAAGCCUUUUUGAGUACCCAUCCAAACACAGAAGCUCUGUUUGAAGCACUGUUGAAGAAAUACUCAGCUGCAUCUAAAAAAUCAAUUCCAGUGAUAAAAAAGCUGGAUGAAGUACGAUUAAGAGGAAGAAAAAGAUCUAUGGUUGGAUAAAGAAUGCAGACAACACAGGGAGAAAAAGAAGAGGAACUUAAAUUUUAUAUGUCCUUUUAAGUAUUUUCAGUUAUGUCUAAUAAAAUUGAAUUUAGUUGUUUUAUUUCAUAUUUAUGUACUGGAACGUUCUUACUAGAUUUAUAUAAUGAUAGUGAAAAAUUCAAGAACAGGGGUUAGUAUUUGCUUCUUUGUAAUCUGUUUAUUUCUUGAAUCGGUCGGAAUUUGACCCACAGUCUUAUUGUGAAGAUGUAAAUCCUUGAUGUAAUAUGUUAUGUAACCCAGUCAUAUGAUUGAAAUAAUUUGGGCCAUUUCAAGGCUUGCAAGUUCCUAUUCAUCUCUUAAGAUUUUAUUUGCAUCACUCCCUUUUAUGCCAAGAGUACAUUUAUGGCCUCAAUAAAUAUUGUUAAUACCUA